AUGAAGAUCUUGAAAAAGAAGAAAAAGGGGAACCAACAAAUAGUUCCCGAUGAACGUUACCGGGAGUUGGAUAGCCACGCACCAAAUGAGAAUGAAAUAGCAGAUGAAGCCCCCAUGAGCAGAAAAAUCCUCUAUUAUUUGAAACUGGUUUACCAUGAAAUACGAGAAAACAUUACCAUUUAUCUCCUCAUUAUCCUAUACCUCUGUGUAUGUGUAAUGAAUAAAAUUAUGGCAAAGAGGACACUGAAAAAAAUUGGGAACUACAGUUUUGUAACUUCGGAGACACACAAUACCAUAUGCAUGGUCGUCUUCUUUUCCUUGUAUUUUAUUUUUGGUCGCCGGGUCACAUCUGCCAAGGAGAGACACCAAAACUUUGGGCUUCAAUUUUUGCUGAUUUCGUUACUGGACGCCUGCUCAGUUAUCAUUGCAUUUAUAGGCCUCACAAGAACCACUGGAAACAUUCAGUCCUUCGUCAUGCAGCUCAGCAUUCCGAUAAAUAUGUUUUUCUGCUUUCUGAUUUUACGAUACAGAUACCACCUGUUCAAUUACGUUGGUGCAUCCAUCAUUGUACUGACCAUCGCUAUUGUGGAGUUUAUACUGUCUUUCGAAACGCAGGAAGAGAAUUCCAUCGUGUUUAACCUCGUGUUGAUUGCCUCAUUGAUUCCGAUGAGUUUUUCCAACAUGACCAGAGAAAUCGUCUUCAAGAAGUACAAGAUAAAUAUCCUGCGCCUAAACGCCGUGGUUUCUUUCUUCCAAAUAUUCACCUCCUGUCUGAUGCUUCCGAUGUACACCCUUCCGUUUUUGAAGCAAAUCAAUUUGCCCUUCUCGGAAAUCGGAACGAAUAUAAAAAACGGAUUUAGAUGUUUGAUACUUGGACAAAACACUAUUGUGGAGAACUGUGGAUUGGGAAUGGCCAAGAUGUGCGACGAUUGUGAAGGAGCAUGGAAAACAUUCCUAGCGUAUUCCUUUUUCAAUAUUUGCGAUAAUUUAAUCACCAGCUUUAUAAUAGAUAAAUUUUCGACCAUGACCUACACCAUCGUCAGUUGUAUACAAGGACCAGCAAUAGCAAUCGCUUACUACUUUAAAUUCCUUGCGGGAGACGCUGUUAUGAAACCCCGAGUGUUGGACUUUGUCACUUUGUUUGGCUACCUCUUCGGAUCAAUCAUUUACCGCGUUGGAAAUAUAAUUCUUGAAAAAAAAAAAAUGAUGGAAGCUGGCAAUGAUGACGACUCAGAGGGAGAGCUAACAAAUGCCGAAUCGAUAAUAACACAAUGA